AUGAUGAUUCUGCCGUUGCUUCCUUACAUAGCCACUCAGAUGAGCGGUUCUGCCUUUGCGGUUGGCUUGAUGCAGUCGUUGUACAGCUUAAUGCAGGUCUUCGGGACAAUGGUGUUGGGCGCGCUGUCUGACGGUUUGGGUAAGCGCAGGAUUCUGCUGGUGAGCUUGUUCAGCUCCUCCGUAUUUCUGCUGGCCUGCGGGCUCGCUGCAUCGCUGUCGCAGCUACUCUUUUUCCGUGCCUGCCACGGCUUCUUCUCGGGCACCGUUUGCAUUUGCCAGGCCAUUGUGGCCGAUGUCACGGGGCCAGAGGAGAGAGUGGGCAAGAUGGCCUGGAUAAUGGCUGCCUAUGGAGUUGGUGUCGUCCUGGGACCUGGAAUUGCAGGCUUUGUCGCGCCUUUUGGCAUGUUGGCAGUGUGUGCAACGGCCGCUCUCUGCACGCUCAUCAACUUCUUGCUGGCUGCGCGGCAGCUGCCGCAGGACGGAAUGAAGGAGCAGGCGCCGCUGAAGGAAGCUGAAGAAGACGGCGGGCAGGCGGCGGCACGAAGCACAGCCGCUGUGUGGAAGCGGCUCUUGCAUGUGCUGCUCGCCGACCCCGUUCUUGGAGCAGUUUGCUGCAUCAGCCUUCUUCAGGAGUUUGCCAUGGGCAUCUACAUGGGCGUCUCGCCCUUGCUGUUCAAGGAUGUGUAUGGCAUCACCGCAAGCCAGCUGGGAAUCAUCUUCUGCGUCGCUGGCACCAGCAUGAUUGUCUUCCAGGGCUUUGUGGUGAGCCGAUUUGUGCGCAUCGUCGGCAAGCCAGCAAGCAUUCUCUGUGGAUGUACCUUGCGCCUGCUCUUGUACAGCUGCCUUGCGGCAUUCAGCCAGCCAUUGCUGCCAGUACUCUCUGCAGUAUGCGUGGUGGCUGGCGGUGCCCUGGUUGAUCCGUGCGCAGCAAGCCUAACCAGUGACAGGGCCCCCAAGGGUCUCAGCGGCGUCUUCAUGGGCGCCUACCAGUCUGCUGCCUCCGUGGGGGCCUUCCUUGGGCCAGUCACUGGCGGAUUGCUUUAUGGUUUUUCGAAGGCGUUUCCUUACGAGGUUGCAUCAGUGGCAUGCUUGGCAUGCUUGCCGGUUGUCCAAUUGUUGUGGAUGCGUGCUAGGUCCAAAGAUCGACAUGGCCCAUCACCGAGCCCCCAACCUGCAGCGACUUCCGAUGCACUCCUGGACAAAGAUGGCCAGGCCGAUGAGGAUUUUGUGAAUCUGCAGGAGGCGUCUCCCUCCCUGUCUCGUGCAAUGACGCGGCUCAGGUCAGUUGCCGACCUUCGUGCAGACAUGUUCCAGUUGCCCUUGCCGACGUCCCAGCGCGCAGACCGCAGCCUGCGGCACAUGGAUCGAAUCGUGGAGGAUUCCUCUGAGCAGCUUCAGCUCAAAGAUCGUUCCAGAACCGAGGCUUUCUCGCAACAGCGUUCAAGGCGAGCGCUCAGCAGCGGCCUGGAGAAAGAGAUCCUCAGGCGAUACUCCAUGGACGCCCUCGACAGGUUCAUGCCGAGCAAUUGGUCGACAGAAGACUUCCCGUGCGAAGAGAGUUAG